AUGAAGUGGAAUCGCGCCAUCUCUCUCAUUCUCUGCCUUGCGGCAUCUGUCUGCAAUGCUAAACGUGAUGGCUUUUUUAACAUGCCAGGACGGAUGCAGUGCACAGAAGUUCUCAUGAUCAUAGCCCGUGGCACGAGUGAGCCACCAGGCGAAGGACCCCAGCACGUCUUUGGCGAGGAGCUUGUCCGUAGGCUGGGUGAGGAGCGAGUCACUCACAUUCCUCUUGCCUGGCCUGCAUCUCUCUUCCCCACUUAUGGCGAGUCCGUUCGGCUCGGUACUGUAGCCACCAAGGAGACGGUCGCCAGAUAUGUUGGUUCGUGCCCAAAUAUCAAGAUUAUCCUCAUGGGAUUUUCACAGGGAGCUCAAGUCAUGAGCGAUACAAUGUGUGGUAUGGCUGAGCGAACCUUCCCCAAAACUGAUCCUAUCGACCCAGAGCUAGCGAAGAACAUCAUUGCUGUUGUUGGAAUGGGAGAUCCCACUCACAAUCCUGGCCUGCCAUACGACGUGGGAACUUCUACGCGCAAAGGAUGGUUCCCCCGUCUCAACGAUGCAGAGUGCAAACAUUACGAUCAUCUUCGUGUCUCGUACUGUGACCAUGGCGAUAUAUAUUGUGAUCAUGGUAUUGAUCCAUUGGUUCACAGCAGUUACUUCCAGAAGUACUUCGAACAUUGCAUGAAAUUCAUGAUCGCCAAGAUCGAGGGGGUAAAUCCUUGA